GGGGGCGUUCUGAAAUAAUAUAGUCAGCCAUUUUUAUGUAAGGGGAUUUUUCUUAUUGGGGGGGUUGUUAAAAAAUAAAUAUAAGGGCGGCCAUCUUUGUUUCUCUGCCUUGUAGUGUAAAAUAUUCCAAAACGCCCCCCACUUUGUGUGUGUCGAUUUGAAUAUUAAAAUAAAUAUUCGGAAGGAAUAUACUUUUUGAUCUCGAGGACGGGGUCGCUGACAGGGAUACAAUGUCCUCACCUCUCCGUUCUUGUGAGGAAGAUGAGGGCAUGGCGGUUAAUUCCGAGGGAGGAGAUUUUGAUGAAGAAGAAGACGACGGGGAGCUGGACGAGAACGCAAGCGACAUAAACUCACCGGCAGCUCCUCGAGAAACUGCAGCGCAAACAGCCGCGCCAGACGAUGGUGAGGAUGGAGAGGAGACAUCAGAGAGGGAAUGCCUGGGAAAGAAGAAGAGAGGUCCAAAAAAAAAGAAGGAGGCUAAAAAGAAAGACAAAGAGGGCAAGACUACCAAAGCACGCAAGCGCAAAAAAAUAGACAGCGACAUAGAGAGAGACUCAGAACAGGACUACGGGGUGAACUCAGACAGUCCGGUCAGUGAUUAUGGAGAGAAGAAGAAGAAAAAGAAGCAUAAAGAGAAGAAAGAAAAGAAGACCAAGAAAAAGAAGAAAGAUGAUGAAGACAGUACACAUGAAGAGACCACAAAACCAGUAGAACUAAAGACAUCUGCUCAGUUGGCGAAAGACUGGGGUCUAGAGGAUGUGGAUCAUACUUUCACAGAGGAGGACUAUCGCACACUAACCAACUACAAGGCCUUUAGCCAGUUCAUGAGGCCUAUGAUAGCUAAGAAGAAUCCUAAGAUUCCCAUGUCUAAAAUGAUGACCAUCUUGGGAGCGAAGUGGAGAGAGUUCAGUUCCAAUAACCCCUUCAAAGGUUCAGCAGCCGCUAUUGCAGCCGCUGCAGCUGCUGCUGCAGCUGCCGUUGCCGAGCAAGUCUCCGCGGCAACCGCUUCUCCUGAGCCGCCUCCUCAGCCACCCCCACUGCGCAAGGCCAAGACCAAAGAAGGGAAAGGCCCUGGUUAUAAAAAGCGCAGCAAAAGUCUACGCGCCUCUGACAAAAAGAAGCCCAAGCCUAAGAAGAUGGCUCCCCUCCGGAUAAAACUGGGAGCUCUCGGGAACAAGCGCAAGAAGAGCAGCUCGAGUGAAGAUGUGGACGAUGAUGACUCUGAGCAGGAGAACUCGAGUGUUCACAGCUCCUCGGUGCGCUCAGACAGCUCUGGCCGGGUAAAAAAGAACAAGCGUGGUCGGCCAGCAAAGAAAAAGAAAAAAGUGCUAGGAGAUGAGGAUGGUGAUGGCUAUGAGACAGAUCAUCAGGACUACUGUGAAGUGUGUCAGCAAGGAGGGGAGAUCAUCCUGUGUGACACAUGCCCGAGAGCAUAUCACCUAGUUUGUCUGGAGCCUGAGCUGGAGAAAGCUCCUGAGGGCAAGUGGAGUUGCCCACACUGCGAGAAAGAAGGGAUUCAGUGGGAGGCGAAAGAAGAAGACUUUGAGGAGUUUGAGGAAGAGUGUGAUGAAGCAGGGGUGGUGGAGCCAGGACCGGGAGGAGAGGAAGAGGAAGAUGAUCACAUGGAGUUCUGUCGAGUGUGUAAAGACGGAGGGGAGCUGCUAUGCUGUGACUCCUGCCCUUCCUCUUAUCACAUACAUUGCCUCAACCCCCCACUGCCUGAAAUACCCAACGGAGAGUGGCUCUGCCCCAGAUGUACAUGUCCACCAAUCAAAGGGCGGGUGCAGAAGAUCCUACACUGGCGGUGGGGUGACCCGCCACCUCCUGUGCCUGUUCCUCCGCCUCCAGAUGCACCACCUGAUGCUCCACCCCCACCUCCCAUGAAAGGCCGGGCAGAGAGAGAGUUCUUUGUUAAAUUGGCAGGACAGUCCUAUUGGCAUUGCACCUGGAUCACUGAACUUCAGCUGGAGAUCUUUCACUCUGUGAUGUUCCGUAACUACCAGCGGAAAACUGAUAUGGAUGAGCCACCUAGUCUGGACUAUGGCUCUGGAGGAGAGGAGGAUUCUGGGAAAAGUGAAAAGCGACGGGCCAAAGACCCUCAGUAUGCUAUCUUAGAGGAAAAGUAUUACCGCUACGGCAUUAAGCCAGAAUGGAUGAUGGUACACAGAAUAAUUAACCAUAGUGUGGAUAAGAAGGGGAACUAUCACUAUCUGGUGAAGUGGAGAGACUUAACUUACGAUCAGUGUACAUGGGAAAGAGAUGACUUGGACAUCCCAGAGUUUGGCAUCAAUAAGGCAGCUUAUUGGAGACACAGAGAGGAGGUGAUGAAGGAGGACCCAGACAAGCCAAGGAAGAUGAGGAGAAAAGAGGAAAAUGAUGAAGCUCCUGGCACACCUGUUAAUGAUCCCACGAUAAAGUACGAAGAGCAGCCAGACUUUGUGACAGUAACAGGAGGAACUUUGCACCUCUACCAGCUGGAAGGUCUCAAUUGGCUGCGCUUCUCCUGGGCUCAGGGCACAGAUACCAUCCUGGCCGAUGAGAUGGGCCUGGGCAAGACUAUCCAGACCAUAGUCUUUCUCUACUCACUCUUUAAAGAGGGUCACACCAAGGGGCCGUUCCUGGUGAGCGCUCCACUCUCCACCAUCAUCAACUGGGAGCGGGAGUUUGAGAUGUGGGCUCCGGACUUUUACGUGGUCACGUACACAGGAGACAAAGAAAGUAGAGCUAUAAUCCGUGAGAACGAGUUCUCCUUUGACGAUACAGCCGUGAAAGGAGGGAAGAAAGCCUUCAAACUGAGGAGAGAAGCUCCCAUUAAAUUUCAUGUGUUGCUGACAUCCUAUGAGCUGGUGACUAUUGACCAAACUGCCCUGAAAUCCAUCGACUGGGCCUGUCUAGUAGUGGACGAAGCUCACCGUCUCAAAAAUAAUCAAUCUAAGUUUUUCAGGCGACUAAAUGACUACAAGAUUGAUCACAAACUGCUGCUAACAGGCACGCCGCUUCAGAACAACCUGGAAGAGCUUUUUCACCUGCUUAAUUUCCUCACCCCCAACCGUUUCAAUAAUCUGGAGGGCUUCCUGGAGGAGUUUGCAGACAUCUCCAAAGAGGACCAGAUCAAGAAGCUGCAUGAUCUGCUGGGGCCACACAUGUUGAGACGGCUCAAGGCGGACGUGUUUAAGAACAUGCCGGCUAAAACGGAGCUCAUAGUGCGUGUGGAGCUCAGCCCUAUGCAGAAGAAAUACUACAAGUUUAUCCUGACACGGAACUUUGAGGCGCUGAACUCAAAGGGAGGAGGGAACCAAGUUUCUCUGCUCAACAUUAUGAUGGACCUAAAAAAAUGCUGCAACCACCCCUACCUCUUUCCUGUCGCAUCUAUGGAAGCUCCAAAGACACCAAGUGGAGCUUAUGAAGGGGUCAGUCUCACAAAGGCUUCUGGGAAAUUGAUGCUGCUGCAGAAGAUGCUGAGAAAACUGAAAGAGCAGGGCCAUCGCGUUCUUGUGUUCUCUCAGAUGACUAAGAUGCUGGAUUUGCUUGAGGAUUUUCUGGAUUAUGAGGGGUAUAAGUACGAGCGAAUUGAUGGGGCAAUCACUGGAGCACUGAGACAGGAGGCAAUAGACAGAUUUAAUGCUCCAGGUGCACUUCAGUUCUGUUUCCUUCUAUCUACAAGGGCAGGGGGACUGGGGAUCAAUCUGGCAACUGCGGACACUGUCGUUAUUUUUGACUCUGACUGGAACCCUCAUAAUGACAUUCAGGCCUUCAGUAGGGCCCAUAGGAUUGGUCAAGCAAACAAGGUGAUGAUCUAUCGGUUUGUGACACGUGCUUCUGUUGAGGAACGGAUUACCCAGGUAGCCAAACGUAAGAUGAUGUUGACUCACCUGGUGGUGCGACCAGGACUGGGCUCCAAAGCUGGCUCCAUGUCCAAACAGGAGUUGGAUGACAUUCUGAAGUUUGGAACAGAGGAGCUAUUCAAGGACGAAACUGAAGCUGGAGACAAUAAGGAUGACGACAGCAGCGUAAUUCACUACGAUAAUGUCGCCAUUGAACGUCUGCUGGAUCGGAGUCAGGAUGCCACUGAUGACACGGACAUGCAGAACAUGAAUGAAUACCUUAGCUCCUUCAAAGUAGCCCAGUAUGCAGUUCGAGAGGACGACAAGAUUGAGGAGAUUGAGAGAGAGAUCAUUAAGCAGGAGGAGAACGUAGACCCAGAUUACUGGGAGAAGCUUCUUCGGCACCAUUAUGAGCAGCAGCAAGAGGAUCUGGCCCGCAAUCUGGGCAAGGGCAAGAGAGUUCGCAAACAGGUCAACUACAAUGAUGCUGCACAGGAGGAUCAAGAGUGGCAUGCUGAUAUCUCAGACAACCAGUCUGAAUACUCUGUGGGAUCUGAGGAGGAGGAUGAGGACUUUGAUGAGAGGCCAGAAGGUCGAAGGCAGUCUCGAAGGCAGAUCAGAAAUGAAAAGGAUAAACCGCUCCCUCCACUUCUGGCUCGAGUGGGUGGCAACCUUGAGGUAUUGGGCUUUAACACUCGUCAGAGGAAAGCCUUCUUAAACGCAGUGAUGAGAUGGGGUAUGCCAUCUCAGGAUGCUUUCUCCUGCCAGUGGCUGGUACGAGAUCUGCGUGGCAAAAGCGAGAAAGAGUUCAAGGCAUAUGUUUCUCUCUUCAUGAGGCAUUUGUGUGAGCCGGUAGCUGAUGGCUCAGAGACGUUUGCUGAUGGUGUGCCGAGGGAAGGUCUGUGUAGGCAGCCUGUUCUGACCCGCAUCGGAGUCAUGAGCCUGGUGAAAAAAAAGGUUCAGGAAUUUGAACACAUUAAUGGAAAAUGGAGUAUGCCUGAGCUGAAGCCUGAACUCACUGGGGACUCGAAGAAAUCCUCAAGAGCUUCCUCACCUGUUAUUAAAACAGCUACACCAACUCCAGAGCAGAGCUGCAACAAUACACCCUGCACCUCAAAACCAGCUACACCCUCUCCACCUGAGAAACCUGAAAAAAUUGGAAAGGAGGGAGAACGAGAAGAGGGAGAGAGCCUGACUGAUGCAGAGAAGGAGAAGGAUAAAGGGAGAGAGGGGAAAGAAGGAGAAAACACGGACAGUACAGAAACUAAAGAGGAGAUUGAACAAGGUUCUGCAUCUAGUGAAACGCCUGAGCUGUCUGAAGGGCUCACAGCAGACUCCAAAUCAAAAGAAUCUUCUGACAUCUUUCCAUCCUCACCAAAGCCAAGGUGUGGGAAAGAGAAGGCUGGAGAGGAGGAGAGUCCUAAGGAAGAGGCUGGUAUUGAAAAAAUGAAGGAAGAAACUUCAUCAGAGCUUCCUGCAGGCAAAGACGAGAAGCAAGUCAUUUUUAUUGUUGUUACUGCAGCAGAGAAAGAGGAGAAGAGUGAAAAGGGAGGAACAGGUGAAAAAGUCAUGGAAGAGAAAGAAAAAAGUGAGGAGGCACCUGUACCUGCAGAAUCAGCAGAGAAGAAGGAGAAAGCAGACGGCCAAGUGCAGGAGGUUAAGAACGAAGAAGGCAAGAUGGAAAAGGAUGCUGGGAAAGAGGUCAAAGGUCAGAAGGAGGAGGUGGCCAAGGGGAACGGCAAACCAGCUGAGCGUCCUCGGUUCAUGUUCAACAUUGCAGAUGGAGGAUUUACAGAGUUGCACACCUUGUGGCAAAAUGAGGAGCGAGCAGCAAUCUCCUCUGGCAAGAUGAAUGAAAUAUGGCAUCGGCGGCAUGACUUCUGGCUGCUGGCCGGUAUCGUACUUCACGGCUAUGCUAGAUGGCAGGACAUUCAGAAUGACCCACAGUUCGCCAUCGUCAAUGAGCCGUUCAAAUCCCAAGCCAACAAGGGCAAUUUCCUGGAGAUGAAGAACAAAUUUCUGGCCAGGAGAUUUAAGCUGUUAGAGCAGGCGUUAGUGAUUGAGGAGCAGCUGCGUCGAGCGGCGUACCUUAACAUGACACAGGACCCCACUCACCCGGCCAUGGCUCUAAAUGCACGCUUUGCUGAGGUGGAAUGUCUGGCAGAAUCACAUCAACACCUCAGCAAAGAGUCACUUGCGGGAAACAAGCCAGCCAAUGCCGUCCUACACAAGGUUCUCAACCAACUGGAGGAACUGCUCAGCGAUAUGAAAGCGGAUGUAACGAGGCUUCCUGCCACACUGUCCAGAGUCCCACCAAUCGCAGCGCGCCUGCAGAUGUCUGAGAGGAGCAUCCUUAGCAGACUGGCAAACAAGGGCAAUGAGACACACACACCACCGCCUAUCCCACCUGGACCAUAUGCAACUCCGCAGAACUACGGUCCCCCUUUUACCCCAGCGCCUCCAGCCAUGGCUCUGGCUGCGACCAACUACAGCCAGAUGCCUCCAGGCUCGUUCAUAUCAGAAGCCCCACUCUGCCUGAAGACCAAAGAGCACAACGUCCUACAGCGCCAGCGUGUGGUGGACCUUUGGAAGGACGGCAGGUCGGAAGGGUCUAUCGGACAGGAGCUGCACAUGCCAAAAUCUACCGUGCACAGCAUCAUCGUCAAAUACCGCCUCAGCAACACGGUGGAGAACCUCCCUCGCAACGGCCGCCCCAAAAAACCAUGACUGAUAGAUGUCAUGGACAAAAAAACACACAUUCAAAGGGAGAAAGAAAGAAGAGAGAGAAACGAGUGAAUGUAAAAAUUGAGAAUCGUUAGAAAUCAACGCAGAAGAAGCUUAGAAAGCCAGGUUGGAAAGGUUAUAAACCUGAUUAAUGGAGAGAGGAAGAGUGAAAAGGGGAGAGGGGUACAGAAGAGGGGCAGCUUCUUAGUACAGAAAAACGGGAAGAAAAGGAGGGAAGAACUGAGAGCAUUUUAAGGUACACACAACCUCCCUGGCUGCCAAAGCAAAAUAAUAAAGUCAUCAGGAAUAAUAUGAACAGAUGGCAAGGUGAAUAGUCUGAAUAAAGUGAAGCGAGCAAGCAUGACAAAAGAGGAAAUCACCCAACCGUUUCCCUUGAAAAUGGGAGCCUGCAAAAUGCAACUCUCUCUCUCUCACUCUCUCUCUCUCUCUCUCUCUCUCUCUCUCUCUCUCUCUCUCACCCUCACUAACCCCCCCUCACUUUCAUCUCUCUUUCCGACACAAAGCUCAGUGGAUUCAUCUUUCACUUGGCAAGAGAAAUAAGUGCACAUGUCGAAGUACCCAGGACCUUUACUCCCUAAUUCCUGUGGAAAUCUCUCUCUCUCUCUCUCUCUCUCUCUCUCUCUCUCUCUCUCUCUCUCUUGAGCCCUUUCACACAUACAGAGGGAGUACUGAAACACUGCAUAGUGUCAAUCCCAAGGAAUUCCUGGGAUGGAUUGCAAAUUUGUUUUGUUUUCUCAACAUUUCCCAUCCUGAUCAGAGGCUUUAGGGAAUCACGGAUUGAAGGGUGAGAUGGACAGCCUCAGCUUUUGCACCUCUGUGGUGGACAGAGAAAAUCCAGGAAACAAGCAAAAUGAUUUAUUUCUCCUUAUCAGUGAUCCUUUAAAAAAAAAAGAACUGAAACCAGGACAAGUAGCAUUUUUAUUAAAAAAAAAGAAGAAAAAGAAGAAGAAGAAGACAUUUUUUUAAUAUGGACACAAAGCUAUAUGAACUUUUGCAAUUUUAUGAAACACUAUCUCAUAUGUGCAGACUGACCUUAAGAAUGGCCAUUGGGGAUAUUGGUAUGGUGUGUGUUGUCUAGACACAGGUAGCCUCAAAUCUAAUCAGGGCCUUGGGGAAGUAAACAUAACUUUUGUUUUUCUACAAUAUAUGGCAGUGCCAUGCAUAGAUUCCAGUGUUGGUAAACCUAAAAUAAGAUUUUGUGGCUUAGAAUCUGAGAUUGGUUUGGAGGACAAGAGCAGGUCUGGGAACAGUCCAAAGGGACGAUGCUUGAAUUCCUGUGCAGGAUCAGAGCCAGAUCAGAUUAGCCAGAUCAGCCCCCAAUGGGACCCUUAUACAGUGCAGAACUGCUGUGGGAGGAUUCUCACUGCACACACACACACAGACAUAAAUCAUAACAUUUUAGUUUAAAGCAUUUUUAUGUGUUCAAGAAGGUGUGUGUUGGUGUGUGUUUUAAGUAUACACUUGUGCAUGGUGUGAGGUUAAGAUUUGACACUGAUGCUCUGUGUGGGUUCGUUCCCAUUGCCGCUAGGAGAGUGAUUAAUUGUGUAAGCGAAGUGGUUGUUUAGACAGGCAGGGGUCACAGAGGCUGUCUGCCAACUGAAUAUUAUUCUGGAUAACUGAGCGAAAGGAGGCGCUUAUGCAGGAGAGAACCUGCGCGGCGAAGCAAUGAAUACUGCUCUGAUGCCCUCUGAUCACAUUUGCUGAGAGAGAGACAGAAAGUACAAUAAAUAGAAAAAAAUAUAAAAGAUCUGAAUGUGAGAUAUAAGAUAUUUUCCUUGUUUCGUGUGUACAUGUCUGGAAAAAUCUUGCUUGUUAUUUAAGACCCUGGUUUGUUCCUUUUCUUUUUUGCCAGUCACAAAAGAAGGUUUAUGAAAUGGUCUGAAUUAGAUUUCAAGUUGAUAAGUUCCCUUUCUAUAUUUUCUUUUACUGUACUACAGUUAAUGGAUGUGGGCAUUAUUGCACAAGCAGCAUGGUUUAAUCAAUACAAAUAUAGUAGCACAUCACAUUGCCAAGGAAAUAAUAUAUUUUGAAAAUAUGAAAAUAGAUGCUUGGGCUUGUUGUUAUAGGAAUAGGAUCAGUGAUGCGGAAGUAAGAUUUCGUUCAAUGUUUUCCAAUAAGAUCAUAUCAAGUGUUUUGUUCCUGUUCAGCAAUAUGCCAAUGUGAAAGUUUUUUGUUGAGCUGGAGGAGGUGUUAUGUUUGCAGGUUCGUCCAUCCUUCAAAGGUUCCCAAUAGCACAAUAUCUCAAGAACGAUUGCUUGCAUGUUUAGACAAUUUGAAUUGAAAAUCAUUGUAACCAUCAGAUGAACUGAUUAGAUUUUUGAAUUGAUACAAAAAAGAGUCUAGCUCACAGUUCUAAAUGUGUAAAAUGAGUUUCCAUCAAUAUCUUUCUUCCUGUUUGAAGUAUAUUUUCAGAGUAUUUCAUGCAAACAAAUAAUCAAGCAGAAGAACUAGAUUUGGCAUCAGGUUUUACCUGUUUCUAAAAAAAAACAAAAGGCACAUCAAACAUUAUAUUCAUUUAUAGUUAUGUUUAAUGUUGUAGAACGUCUGUGAAUCUAAUUCAUUUCUGUUAGCACUCUGAUUAUAGCAGCUAUAAACAUAUCCUGUAAGUCUUCCCUCACUAGCCUCAUUUUUUUUUUGUAGUUGGUAAAAAAAAAAUGCAGCUUGUCAUGUUAUGGAUAAACCACAAAGCCUUCCAUCCUGAAGACUUUUCAGUGUCAGUGAAGCUUAAAGUUGCGGCUAUUGACACUGGAGACUCCUUCCAUAAAAUGCUAAAUAAACCUCAACUGUGAACUUG